AUGGAUACUAUUGUCACAUUUCUGCACCUGCUGAUGGUAAUCGAUAAUGAACUUGGUCGGACUCUAGCACAGCGAUGUACACUGCUUGGUGACGUCCACCGAGCCAUGCUGUUGGAAGAGUGGAGCGUUGCGAAGAUGCGCUGGCUUGCUGACGCUGGUAUUGUACCCAGUGCAACAGGUUUUGUCAAUGCAUAUGGCAGUGAGGUCUUGUUUGGUCUGAAACUCUUGGCGGUGUUUUUGACAAGUUCUUUCGAGUCAACUUGCUCCAGCCCCGUCUGCUUAUCUAUUGUUAGUGAACAUCGCUCACCCUUUCCUGUGCUUGCCAAUCAAGCUGGCAUCAACUUCAACUUAAAAAAUGCUCGCCGUGAUUGGCAGAAGCCACCUCCAACUCCAUGCAAGGACAUUGAUAGCAGUGAAGAUCUGCCAACCGGAGUAAUUUCCAUUCCGUCUGUUGGAUGUCCUGGGGUGAGAACGUUUCAACGGCGUGUUUUCGUCCACGGAGCACCCCCUGUAUUCGCGUUCUCACUUGUUGGCUUCGCUCUAGAAAGUUCCGCCAUGUUAGAUGUGGAGAUAGAGAUCCUAGAUCAUCGAUACAGGCUAUUUGCCCUCACAUUCCACAGUACUCAACGUGACCAUUACACGGGCAGUGUACGCCUGGAUGCCCCAUACGAGGAAGGCUGGUGGCAUUAUGACGGCCUUGGUCAUGUCCGGAGGCCGGCACGCAUGCGAAAGACUGGCUCCCUUCAUCAUCCUCCGAGGUCUACUGUAUCCAGUGUACUUUAUAUGCUACUUGGAUCAUCCCAGCAAUAG